UGUCAGUUUAUGAUCGUCAGUGUGAAUUAUGACCUUCGAGUAUCUCAUAUUUGUUAUUGCUUAUUAUGGUCUGUGAUACUACGUAAAUAUGACGGAAAAUUUGUAAAAAGAUUUCGGUAUGAUUUCUACAAAAAUUUCUUAAAUUAUCGAGAAAAUGUACACUGAUGUGAGAUAAAUGAAUUUUUAUCAUUGCAAGGAUUUCAAAUAGAAUUCAACGAAAUCCUAGUCGUGCUUUCACGAUAUAUUUUUGAGAAUAUAACAAAUUUCCUGCUCCUUGUAUUGAUAUCUUGUCGUGCAUUAAAGUGUCGAAUAAUUGGAAUUAUGGCUGUGUCAAUAAAUGAGAUUUGCGAGAAUACGAAACUUGCACGUGAAAUGGCAUUAAUGGGGAACUAUGAUACAUCUGGUGUCUAUUAUCAAGGAGUUGUGCAACAAAUACAUAGAUUACUCGCAACUAUAGCAGACACAACUCGUAAGGCAAAGUGGCAGAUUGUACAACACCAGAUCGUCGAAGAAUUCGAGAAAGUAAAAGCUACAUCCAACACACUGCAACUUUUUAAAGUAGAUACUCAUGGAGAAAGACUACUUGGAACGUCUUGUUUGUCAUUUGAAGAACCAACGCGAGAUCCUGCUUUAUGGUCUUACAGCAAUUCAGAUUCUUCCUGGAAUCAGACAAUAGCUAGAGAUCCUGAUGUAUGGUCACCUUUAACUCCAGCAGAACAAAAAAAUUCAAGGCAACAAAAGGUUCAACAGAAACAGCAAAACCGAACAAAUACUAAAAAAUCUCUUAUUACAACUAAAAAACCAGAUAGCAGAAUUACUAAUAAAAAGGAUGACAAAAAAACUGCAAAGAAAGAUGAUACAAGCAAGGAUAAGUCAGAAACAGAAAAAGAUGAUGUUGAACUGGAAGAACGUAAAUUUGAACCAUCUUCUAAUGAUAAAGAUCUUGUAGAAAUAUUGGAAAGAGACAUUGUACAAAAAAAUCCAAACAUUCAUUGGGAUGAUAUAGCAGAUUUACAUGAAGCAAAGAGAUUACUGGAAGAAGCAGUUGUGCUUCCAAUGUGGAUGCCUGACUUUUUCAAGGGAAUUAGACGACCUUGGAAAGGAGUACUUAUGGUUGGGCCACCAGGCACAGGCAAAACUAUGCUUGCAAAGGCUGUUGCAACAGAAUGCGGUACAACGUUUUUUAAUGUCUCGUCUUCCACAUUGACAUCAAAAUAUAGGGGCGAAUCGGAAAAACUCGUUCGAUUGUUAUUUGAGAUGGCUAGAUUUUAUGCACCUAGUACGAUCUUUAUUGAUGAAAUUGAUUCUCUAUGCUCUAGAAGAGGAUCUGAAUCAGAACACGAAGCUUCCCGUCGCGUUAAGUCCGAACUUCUUGUUCAAAUGGACGGAAUAAGCUCCAAUAGUGAAGAUCCAAGUAAAGUAGUAAUGGUAUUAGCAGCAACAAACUUUCCAUGGGAUAUCGACGAGGCUCUAAGAAGACGCCUGGAGAAACGUAUCUACAUUCCACUACCUAAUCAUGAAGGCAGAGAAGCAUUGUUAAGGAUAAACCUUCGUGAAGUCAAAGUUGAUUUGUCUGUAAACCUGUCAGAUAUUGCAAAAAAACUUGAAGGUUAUUCUGGCGCAGAUAUUACAAACGUUUGCAGGGAUGCUUCUAUGAUGUUGAUGAGAAAGAAAAUCGCGGGUCUUAGACCUGAUCAGAUAAGGCAAUUACCAAAGGAAGAAUUAGAUUUGCCCGUAUCUGCUGGCGAUUUUGAUGAAGCUGUUGAAAGAUGUAACAAAAGUGUUUCUCAGGAGGAUUUAGAAAAAUAUGAAAAAUGGAUGAGUGAAUUUGGCUCAUCUUGAUAUCAUUCUGUCAAGAAAAACAUUUAUUGACAAGUUUGUUUCUACGACACAAUUAAAAUAUUAUAUUUUCUUCAACACAUAUAAAAAACAGAGAGCUUCUUAAAACUUUAUAACUCCUAAGACUACAGUUCUCUGUACUUGAGAUUUUAAAAAAAUCAAAUUGGAAAAUAAGACUGUAUGGAGAUAGAAAUAAUACGAGAUAAAACUUGGAUAAUAUUUCUAAUCUCAACUGUAACACUAAAGACUUAACUUGCAGUAACAAAUUACUUGUAAUUAGUAAAACUUUUAAUCAAUAAUAUAUUAUAUUAAUCAA